AUGCCGACGCAGAAGAAAAAAGGAAAGAAAACUAAAGAAAACAAGAGCGAACCGAAACCGGCAGCCAACAUCAAGCAAGAACCGGAGGAGCUGAAACCCUUAGCUGAAUACAUCGAUGACCGAUUGGAACUAAUCCGCCAAGUGUUUUCGUGCGUUAAACCGAAGGAAAUCAAGUACCUCUUGCCGGAUUUUCUAGAGGGAAAAUCGAAUGAUAUUAUCAAAGAACGAUGCCUGGACGAGCUGCUCGGAAUAUCCACAAAGCGAUUGCGGGCCGUAAUAAACAACACAAAGUGUCCCACGGACACGGAGUCAGAUUCGGAAAACUCGGAUGUGGAGAAAAUCGAAGAGCACAUAUCGUUGGAUGAAAUUUCUUCCGACUCCGAUGCUGACGCAAAACGUUCCAAACGCAGCAAAAUCGCCGAAAAUGCUAAACAAACGGACGCAAGAAACGGCGGCGGAGCAAAAAGUGAAAAAGAAAUGACGGUCCUUGAGUUGCUGGAACUGCAAGCGCGCGCUCGUGCGAUUCGCUCUCAGCUGGCGCUCGAACCAAUAACGAAGAUAGAAAUUGAUUCCGAACACGAGGAAGAGCACGACCGCCAUGGGGAUGUCGACACAGACGAUGAAGUACAGCAGACCACCCGCAAGAGAGUGCCAGCGAAGAUGGCUGCCGUGGAAGCUUCAGCAGCGGAAAAUGGAAAACAACUCAAAACAGAAAAUACGUCCGGAGGAGAACAACAUCCUCGAAGAGUACGCUUGAAGCGUAACUUCCGCAUUCGACAGGUUGGCGAGGAUAGCGACGAUGACCAGGAAUCGGUCAAAACCGCAGAGGCAAAAUCGCCGGAAAAAACUGUCGAACCCGAGCAAGAACCCGAGCCCGAACCGUGUGAAGAAGUGAAGGAUGUGGACACAGCACCGGAUAAGGUGGAAACUUCUCCAGCGCCAGCGGGUUCUGCGGAGCCACCUACGGACAAAGAAGAACAACCUGAAGAACUACCGCAAGCAGAAACCAGUGAAGAUGCUACAGAAAAGUGUACCGUGGAGACGGUGGAGGCAGUAGAUGAGCGUUGCGAUGAAAGCAAUUCAAGAGAACCGGAUUCCGCCCCUGUCCCUGCAGUCGUGGCGGUUGAAGUCGAUGCUACCAGCCCGAAAGACCGCAACGACGAACGCGAAAGUUCCCCGGAGGUAAUACCGGUGGAAGAGAGCCCGGAAACGCUUUGUAUUUCAUCCGAUUCGGAAGAGGAACGUUUAGCCAAAAAGCGGGCCUCGAUAUUUGUCCCUAAUAUUGAAGAACUCGACCGCCAAGCGAAGGAACCACCGCCACCACCGGCGGAGAAUCCCGUGGCCGAAGACACCGAACCGGAGGAGGGUGAGCUUUCCGAGGAGGACGAAGAACCGCCACCAGCUGAACCGGAAGCAGCUGCAGAGCAGAUCCCAGAAAAGACGACCGAAGAACAGGAAGGUUCCGAAGUUCAGCAGCCAAACGAGGGUACCGAAUCCGGAGCAACAGAGGAUAAGCCAACUGAAGACAAUGUACCCGACAGCACCACAAACGGCGACAAGGAGCCUCCGGUCACGGAGACAACCGAAACCGAGAUUCAAUUGCUUUCCUCCGGCACCGAAGAGUCCGGUUCGGAAAGUGACGAUUCGUCCGGUUCCUCCUCGAACGAAGCAGAAAGUGAGCAGGAAAAUAAAAACCUCGAGCCACCACCGAAAGUAGAUCCGGCCAUGGACGACGCUGACAUUGUGGAGAUCCACGAUUCGGGUGACGAAACCCUGCUGCUCGGCGAUAAGCCGGUCGAAGAGAACCCGGAAGAGAAAUCGUGGAAUUCGCGCUGGUUGAGAAGCAAUCGGGUGGCGAAGGUGAUGGCUGCCUCCCGGUUGGGUAACAAGGUGCGGGAAAAAUUAAAGAAAAAGAAACAAAUACAGCAACAGGCGGAACAGCAACAGAAACAGGAACAGGUAACGGAAGCAGCAGCCGAAGCAGCCAAGCAGCAACCGGAGGCAGUUCCCGCCGUUGCCGAACAGCCGUCGAACGUUGAAGUCGGCUCGGUUGAGCAUUACCGGGAGCUGGUGGCGCAACAGGAAAGUAAAGACUAACAGUGAUCGCGGUAGAUGCUGUGGAUAAAUGCAAAAAAAUAUUCCUAGCACACGGGUCUCCCAGAGUCUGGAUGUUGAUAGC